AUGCGUUAUCUUCAGAGGGCUUCAUGUGGUGGUGUAUUAUCUUCGGAGGACUUGUGUGGUGUGGUAUCCCACCACUGCCACCAAUCAUACAUCAGCAGUGUACUUAAUAUCAGUCAUUUCAAGACAGAGAAGACGGAGUACAGAGCAGUGAUUAAGUUUCUCACAUUGGAACGGGAAAUGGUCAAAGAAUUUACAAACACUUGUGUGCAGUAUAUGGGGAGUGUGCUCCCAUAUGCAACAGUCAAACGCUGGAUGCAAGAUUUCAUGGUCGGGGGAGAGGCACUGAAAGACGAACCACGUAAUGGCAUACAUUCAACCGUGAUCACACAGAAAAAUAUUAAUAAAGUCCAUGAACUUGUUACUGAAAACCGGCGAAUUUCUAUUGAUGAGAAAGAGCAGGAACCAGGCAUCUCCCAUGGAUCAAUAGUGGUUAUCUUCCAUGAACAUAUGCAUGUAAAUAAGAUAUCAGCAACCUGUGAUGAAACCUGGAUAUAUUUAUACGAUCCAGAGAACACACGGGAAUCGAUGGAGUGGAAAUACGUGGGGUCAUCCCAAAAGCCCAAGAAGUUCGAGGCAUAA